AAAAACAUUAAACCCCAGUGCACAGUGCACACACGAACAAAUACUCACACGCACAAACACCGAGAGAGAGUGGGAGAGAAUGGGUCUCUCUCGCCUCCUCAAAGAACACAUGAUCUUUCGUUUCCGUACAGCUGGUUUUGCAAGGCAAACAAGGCUCCAGUUUUCUACAUCCUCUUCUUCAGCUGGAAACAAACCUGGGGAAUCAGAAACCCAAGCUCAUGAAAAGCAUAUAAAUGUGCAUACGGGAACCUUUGCCAAACCAUUAGAUUUACAUAGAAAAAUUGGUUGGUCAUGGUGCAAUGUGAAAGGACUUCUACAGAAGGCGAAAGUAAAGAUAUUCGGAUGUCCUAAAAAUGAAAACGACUAUAAUAAUGAUGUAUUAUCUUCAGUAGCUGAAGUUAUGACAACUCAAGAAAAUGGCUCAGAAAAGUCUGGCCACGGUGAAGCUAGUAAUACCCAGGAGACAGUUGUAUGCAGUAAGAAUAACAUUCCACCAAGUGAAGUGCCUUAUAAAUCUGGGGAUAUAUUGUCUGAUAUGAUGGGUGAUACAGUUUUGGAUGCUAAGAGGCGAUACAAUGAUGUGGAGAACAAAGGAUCUGAUACAAUUCAAUCAUCAGUCCAGAUGAUUUCUAGCACUGAGGAUAACAGUCUGAGUCAGGCAAUAUCAAAUGCCACAGAAAAUCAUUGUUCUGAAAUUAUGCCUAAUGCAAGAACUUCAACUGGAGUGUGUGAUUCUCCAUAUCAGACUGGAUUGCCUGAGGCUGCCCUUGAUUCUAGCGUCAAUUCAGUUAAAUUAAAAGGUGUCUUGCAUAACCAAAAUCUGUUUCAGAAGAAUAAGACACGCGUGCUACUUAAAGAGUUCCAGGAGCCAUUCGAUAAAUCUGAGAAGUUAUCGAGCUUAAUCUUUGAAGCGACUAGACCAUGGCAGCAAAAAGAUAAAGAAAAAAUGCCUUUAACUGGACGCGGACAGCAAGUGGAAAACAAAAUGUAUGUGGAUCGUAAUGAUGAGAAACUAAUUCAGCCGCCAGGUGUUGAGCCUGAGAAUGGACACCUAGAAUCGGCGGGAUCAUCAUCUGAAACAUCAAAAGAAAAUGUUCCAAAUGCUCAUGUUUCAGUAGAAAAUAGACUGAAUCAUCCAGAUAAUCAGCAUAAUUUUCUUCACAUAUCACCAGAUAAAGUCUCUGACGAGGAUGGAAAGCCUGCAUCAGGUGGUGCUGCAGAAUUAUCUGCUCUUUUUAAUAAUUUAAUUGAUCAUGAAGCAGGGAAGAUUAUGAACAAGUGCAAUAGUUUGGAAACAGAUGGACAUUUGGAAGGUUCAGAGGAAGUCAGUCGAGAGAAUCUGACAAAUCCUUUAGACAUCGAUAAUCUAAUUCAUAGCAUCAAGGUAAAUCCUAUAGGUCGACAGGUUGCUAGUGAUUCAGGAAGUGUGAUUUCCAAUAAAUCUGAUCAAAACCAUUAUACUGACCAUAUUAGAGUUCCAUCUCUUGUCAACAUACAAAACUUAAAUAAUGGACAACAAGUAUCAUCCAGUCAUACCGAAAAAAGGAGUGAGAAGGACUCAAGUGUAGUAACCCCUGUCAAGAUAGUUAAUAAUAAUGGAAAGACUUGCAAUCAACAAAAAGGCAAUGCAGACAGUGCAGCACUGACUGCAAACAAGUCAAAGUCUGAUCCAUGUGUCCCACCAAUGAGGAUGAGGCAGCUUGAUAAAGCACAAGAUACAACAUCCAGAGAAUCGCUGUACCAGAACAAAGUACUUGUGAAGUUUGUGCAUAAAGACGCUAGUGAAGAAGACGUAAUUAAUGUUUUAAAGUGUUUUGGCAAUAUUUUGAAGAUUGAACUUUCUGAUGCUGGACAAAGCUCAUUUAAAUCUGCUAUUGUUUAUUUUGAGAAAAGGCAAGACAUGCAAAAAGCUCUUCAAAAAACUUAUCAUGUACUUAAAGGUCUAGCCCUUUCUGUGGAAGCAGCUUCAUCCCUGGAAAGCCAGCAUAAGAAAAUUAUCAUUCCUGGUUUGAUUGGAGAUCCUGAUGCCCCAGUUGCCCUACUGAAGAAUCCUACGCGGACUGUUGCUAUCAAACAGAUGACUUGUGAGAUAUGCCCAAGGCAUAUUGAAGAAGCUCUUGCCUUCUGUGAAAGCAAUAUAUCUGGUUUUUUCUUGGGCCCCUCAGAUUCUGUAGCAUAUGUGGAAUUUGAGACGGAAGAUGGAAAAGAAAGGGCACUUGCUAAGCAAUCCAUAGUUGUUCUAGGAAAGCACCUGUUUAUCUUCAGAGUUGACGCACCAAGAACGACAGUUGUGAGGAUUAAAACCAUGUCGCCGCUAGUACGUUUUAAAUAUACAUCUACAUUUCGGUCUUUAGGGAAGAUUAGGACUGUCCAAGUAAGAUCUCCUCUCAUUUUGGAUAUACAUUUCUGCAUUACUGAAUGGCCUAAUAUGCUGCAGAUUCUAAACAAAUUGAAUGGGAUGCAAGUGAAUGGUAUGGAGUUGAGAGCUGAGCCAGCACCUAUUGUUCCUCCGGAUGUCCUCUGCCAUAUAUAUAGUCAACCGGAAGAAAGGAAUCGCCUGAAAGGCAAUAUGCUUAGGUUGCUGCAAAAGCUUGAGGAUUCACCGUUCUAUCGUGAACAAAAAUUGAGAAUUUAACUGUUGCUGAUUAUACAAGUCAAAUAUUCUAUGAGCUUAGCAGUUUAAAGAAGCCAAAUGCUUUAAUCUUGCAGAUUAUAUAGGUCUCCGUUGUUCUUGCUAAUCCUAAUCUUGUAGCCUACUGAUUUCCCUCUUUUGUAUGUCGGUGUAACUGUUUUGACAGAGAUUUUACAUGGACAAGAAACAUCCUCAGGGCCCGAGUAGAAGCACCCUUCGUACAUCAAUAUUUUUUUAUAUAAUUAAACACGCUCAUGCACCCAUGUUCUAUCGAACCCUAGACAUUCCGCUAUAGCA